AUGGAAGACGUGGGAUACGUGGCGGAUAAGGCAGCAUGGAUAGCCAUUUUGACAAGAGGCGGGCAAUGGACACCCUUAUUGGAGGGCAAUCUGCGCAAAAUCCUCGGCUAUUCGAUCCUGCAGCAGACGGGACCGAUCAACGUUGCCAGGAUCGCCCAAUUUGUGACUGGCAUUGUGUAUCCUCUGCCCGAUGAUUCAGACCUGAUCCGCGAAGCCCGGUUCGGCUAUCACUUUGUGCGCGGAGCCGCCUCGUCCGGGGCCGCUGCUGCAGAGUCCGGCACCAGUGAGGGGACAAUACGAUCUUUCCGGAUGCUGCAAAAGUCGGGGGCAGAGACAGCGGCGCUAGUCAAGGAGGCUGUCGACAUUCUUGCCUCUCAAUUCACAAAGAUACUCCGUCUUGAGACCGAGAUGGGACCUGCCAAGUCGCUCAUGGCAUCCGGGCUGGACUCGCUAGCUGCAGUAGAACUGCGGAACUGGGUGCGCUCCGAGGUCCAGGGCGAAUUGACGACCCUCGAAAUCACCAACGCAAGCUCAUUCUUUGCUCUCGUCGGUAAGCUGCAGAGUGUCUGA